AUGGUGAAGAAUUUGGGUCUUGACUACCAAAAGAUCAAUGCAUGUCCCAAUGAUUGCAUGUUGUAUCGGAACGGGCAUGAGAAUAACUCAUCUUGCCAUGUCUGUGGAACAUCCCGUUAUAUUGAGCAUCACGUAGAAGAGGACGAUGCUACCUCAUCUAAAAAGCCUCGUAAAGUUGCUGCAAAAACUCUAAGGCAUUUCCCCCUAAUUCCCAGACUUCAAAGGUUUUUUAUGUGCACAAGGACGGUUGAAGCUAUGUCUUGGCAUCAUAAUGAACGUGUUAAAGAUGGGUCGUUAAGGCAUCCUGCCGAUGGUGAAUCUUGGAAAGCAUUUGACAGUCAACAUGAAGAUUUUGCAAAGGAGCCUCGUAAUGUGCGACUUGGCUUAGCAAGCGACGGAUUCAAUCUGUUUCGAACUUUGAGUAGUACACAUAGUACAUGCCUUGUUGUUCUGAUGGUGUAUAAUCUACCCCCUUGGAUGAGCAUGAAGCCUGAUUAUUUUAUGCUCUCUUUACUCAUUCCUGGCCCACAAUCACCGGGAAAUGAUAUUGAUGUCUUUCUUCAACCACUAAUUGAAGAAUUAAAAGAAUUGUGGGAGUUAGGUGUCGAAACAUAUGAUUCCAAAGAGAACAAAACAUUCAACAUGAGAGCAUGUCUUUUAUGGACAAUUAACGACUUCCCUGCGUAUGCUAUAUUAUCUGGGUGGAGUACAAAGGGAAAAUUGGCUUGUCCAUGUUGUAAUGAUGAGACUUCUUCUAUAUAUCUAAAACAUAGCCACAAGACUGUUUAUAUGGAUCAUCGAAGGUUUUUACCCAUGAACCAUCCAUGGAGACAUAAUAAAAGAUCUUUCAAUGGAAAAACUGAACUUAGGUCUCCACUGCAGUUGUUAGAUGGAACAACUGUAUUUCAUAUAUUGCAAAGGGUAGAUAAUUCUUUUGGGAAGAAGCAAAGGAGAUCAAAGAAUGGCAUUUCAAAUUGGAAAAAGCGACACAACCUUGAUGUCAUGCACAUAGAGAAGAAUAUAGUUGAUAGCAUAAUUGGAACACUUUUGGAUAUUUCUGGAAAGACAAAAGAUCAUGCAGCUGCGCGUUUUGACCUUAAAGACAUGGGUAUCAGGAAAAACCUUCAACCAAGAGAUACGAAUGAUGGUAAAAGAACUAAGUUAGCAAAGGCAUGCUUCUCAAUGACUGCAGCAGAGAAAACAAUCUUUUGUAGUGUGUUAAAAGGGGCAAAAUUACCAGACGGCAGCGCUUCCAAUAUUGCUCGAUGUGUGCAGCAAACAGAAAAGAAGAUUUCUGGUUACAAGACCCAUGAUGCUCAUUUCAUGUUACAUUAA